UCCAUGUUGACUGUCUUCACCGUGGCAUCCCGGUGAGACCAUGGUCUGCAGUAGGUCUCUCACAGGAAGAACAUCCACCACCUCUCUCUCUCUCUCUCUGUCUCCCCGCAAUCUGUAACGCCCCACCGCUGUGGAAACCAUGCCCGGAGUCCCUUCCAACAAGGCGUGUGAGCGGUGUAAGAAGAGACACCUGAAGUGUGACGAGACCCGUCCGCGGUGUCAACGCUGCAUCAAUGCCGGGGUGGAAUGCCCGGGUUAUGUUCAGACACGCAAAUUUAUAGACCAGGGCGCCUCGGUCCGGCGGCGUUAUGCCCCGUAUCGGGAUCAUCCCAAGUCGAAUAGUGUCAAGCCGCAUGAUCCCCCAUCGGGUGACCACGGGUUCGCCCAAAAUGAGGAACAGCACCCCAUUCAGCCGCCGGAGAUCGGCUUGUCGGUAUCGACUACCUGGGGGUCCGAGACGACACAGUCGGGGCCGCCAUCCCCCAUGCCGAAUGCGAGCUUGAACUCCGCGAUCGUACCGGAAGAGCCGGUGCUCCAACCUAGGGUUGAGGCCACCUCGAGCAUCGCCAGUCCGGAGCAGCAGCAGAGCGGGUCCAACCACAAUGUCUCCCAGCCCUCUUCAGGGCAGAGUCAUACGGCAGAGAUGACGACCUCUCUCAGCGGGCCCCAGGAGAUCCGACCACCCCCCAAUCCCAGGCUCGGGUCUUACGAGAGCCCGUCCAUGCGGAGUGAUCGGGAAGACUUCCAGGACAUCUUCUCGGAACUCAUGACCGGGACCGAACAUGAACUGUCCUUUCUUAUUCGGCAUUACUCAGAUACUGUGGGACCAUGGCUCGACCUGGCGGACUCGGGGAAUUUCUUCGCCGCGUAUGUCCCCAUUCGUGCGAUCAAUGAGCCAUUUCUGCGGUACUCAGUCGCCGCCCUGGCCGCCAAACACCUCGGCCGGGUGAAAGGCCAAACGCUCUCGGCCGCGGGGGGCUUGUUUUCAAGUCCGGCGACCAUGGAGGUCUACCCGAAUUCAGAGCAGGUCGACUGGACUCUCAAGGCCGCCAAUUAUUUCUAUCUCGCCGUCACCACCAUGAACUCCCACAUCGUCGAUCAGUACACGUUUGUCUCCAGCUCGGCCGUGUUAGAAUCCCCGAUCGCCAUCGUCAAUCGCUGGCUGACCGCGCAGACCAAGGCCACCCAGCCCCUCGAGCCCGGUGCGUUCUGGAGGAUGACGGAGAACCUGGUGGCGGCGGCAGCGAUCCUAACGAUGUACCGGUUGAUCGAUGAAUCCGCGCUGAAUUGGCAAUCACACCUUGACGGCAUCCAGACUUUGUACGACUACCUACUAGGCCUAUGCAGCAACGGGUCCGAACCCGCACGAUUCAGCCACGGCAUCGCAGCAGCGUUCUGGAACUUCUCACGCCAGGACUACCAAGCCUCCUACUACAACCGCCUCCCCUCCCACUUCGACCCCGCCAACCUACCCCUCUGGCGCGCCGCCGGAAUCGCCGUCGGCCCCGACGGCAGCCUGGAGCUCCUCCCGCCCUCUGACCCCGCCUCGCACCGCGAAGACACCGCCGCCAACACGCUCACCUGGCUCCUCUGCAAAGUAGUCAACUUCCUCGCCGAGUCCAAGAAGUCCCAAAUGGAGCAGUUCAUGGCGCCCCUCGCCGACGAGACCUCCCCGUCCUGCCCCUCCCCGCACUCCUACCCCACAACCUCCACCUGGCUCCGCCUCUCCUUCGACCUACAAACCUGGUUCGAGAACGUCCCCGAGACAUUCCGCCCCAGCGUCCGCCUCGAAACCAAGACGAACACCGACAUGCCCUUCCCUGAGAUCUUCUACGGCCUGACCACCUGCGCCUCCGCCAUGCAGCAGUACCACUUCGGCCGGCUGGGCCUGUCGCUCAACCGCCCCGCCGACGCAGUCACAGGCCUUAGCACCGCCUUCGACCGUCUGCAAGGGUACCGCGAGCUGACCAAGGAAGUCGACUACCGGUGUAAGGAGAUCGCGGGGAUUGCACUGGCCCGGCCGGGCGGCGGGGCCCGCAUCUACAUGAUCCCCCUGCUGUUCGCCAUUGGGCAGUGCUUUGAGGGCGCCCAGGAGCGCCAGAUUAUUGGGGAUUUGCUCCGUGGUGUCGAGGCUGAUAUGGGCUGGGCGACUCAGGUGCAGAUCGAGCGGUUGCAGGCGUUGUGGGCGCAGCGGCAGCUUGUAUAAUUACAUAUAAUAGAGUUUUUUAAU